ACUUUUCUAACUUGUUUGUUAUCAGUCACUACAUGCGCACUGACAAGAGCACUGGAAGUGAACAUUUUUGUGUUUUCUAUUUUGCGGAGACAUACGACAGUUUAUCGGAUUGUCCAGAAAUCAUCAUUAGUUCCAACUGUCAAGGGUUCUUCAAAUUAUAUACUGCGAUUUUGCUGAAAAAGUUGAACAUUUUCAUGAUGCUUGCAUACGUUUCGGUCAUCUUGAUAUGUAUUGGUACAUAUCACCUUAUCUUGUAUUAUCGUAAACGAUUACGUUUCAUGCAAGCAGCAAACGCUCUACCAGGUCCGAAAGCGUAUCCAAUUAUUGGAAAUGCUUACUAUUUUUUCCAGACAAGUUUUGACGAUUUACUGCCCUGUCUGUAUAAGCUUAUGGAUAUUUAUCCUUCUCCAUUUCGAUUAUGGAUGGGCAAUAAGUUAUUUAUUAUUAUAUCCGAACCAGACCAAGCAAAGCUGAUCUCUCCUUUAUUGGUUGAUUCCGUCGUCCAGACAAUCCUUCUUCAGUUGUUCAAUCGAUCAAAUGCUUUAAGGCUCGCGGACAACGGGACGCUGCCACAAACCUUGUGUCUUGGAUACAACAAUACGUAUACAUAG